CCUUCUUACUCCCCUUUCUACCAGAUCGCACCCCUCGCCGUACCUGUCAAUCAUACACACGCUCUUACACUUGCCAUCUGUGCCAAUCGCAAACACGACCAAAGAACAAACAAGUGCAGGGAUAACAUCUCGAAAAAAAAAAAACAAAUCUAUUCUCCAUGACGAUGGUCAUUGAGAACCAGAACCGUCAAUACGGCGGGAUGGGUUUUGACCAUGUUUACCAGCAUAACAUGCCGCAUCACACUACGCCGCAGUUCACCGACCCGUGGACUGCUGCCCACACCACCUCGCAUUCGACGCCUCCCGUUUACGCGACUUCUAUGGCCUCCAGCCAAAUCCUCAACCACCCCAAACAAGAGGAAGUGAGCCGGCCCUCCCCCCUCUCCAUGCCCUACUCGAGCAUUCCCGUGUCCGCGCCGUCGAUGGUUACCGGCAGCAACUAUUCGACCACCCCUGCGACAAGCUACCCGGCACCGGAGGUGAUGGGUUUGCACCACGAUUUGCCUCGCACGUCUUUUGAACAAGCUCCUGCCUACACUACCGCCCCGUCUAUGAGCAGUUUCGCACCAGCAAACUAUGCGCCACUAAGCUACGGCCCAUCUCUGCACCAUCAGGACAGUCGCCGGAUAUCUCAUGCUGAUCCUCGUGCCAGCCAAUCGCAGCCUUCUUCGGCCCCUACCUUCGGUGACACCCUCGAUGCCAGUCGCGGAAUGAUCGCGCUCAGCCAGGACCUGACCCCUCGCAACAUUUACGGACCUCGCAACACCCGGGGCUCCGCAGAUUCAUAUGGAUUCCCUUCAGCACACUCGUCCGGCUCUUCUAUUUCUUCUGGUGGUAGUUAUCCUUACUACAGCGCCUCUGUCGCAUCCGUCGAGUCCUCCGUGACCGACUACAGCUCCACGACUUCUGAGUCCUAUGAUAACGGCCAUCUGUCUCGGACUCUCCCUCGCCCAUCCAACCUUUUGACAGGUAGCGCCCCUCCGGGCCCGCAGUCUAUGAUGAGCCAGUUCAGCUCCAAGAUGCCAUCCAACACUCAGAAGAAGCACAAGUGCAAGGUGUGCGACAAGCGCUUCACCCGUCCGUCAUCUUUGCAGACCCACAUGUACAGUCACACUGGCGAAAAACCUUUCGCAUGUGAUGUGGAGGGCUGCGGUCGACACUUUUCCGUUGUUUCCAACCUUCGUCGGCAUAAGAAGGUCCACAAGGGCGAAAAAGAAGGCGUCUCGGGCGAGGAUGAGGAAUAGGCUAUUUCCAUCCUCUCCCAUUCGUUCUACACUUCUUUCUGCCCUUCCCUUGAGCCUUGUCCUGGAGCGACGCAACGAAGAGUCUCGGAUUGAGAUACUCAACAGUUUGCAUUGCGCAACCUACUUUU